ACAAUUUAGCAAACAAAUCCAAAAAAUGUCUAAGUAAUGUAAAUAAAAUGUUAGGUUACGGAUGUCAACUGAAGUAGUUGAAUAGAGCGUAACGUAGACAGCUUUAGCUAACAUUCGGCCUACAAGCUUUGUGUCCCUCUAUCUGCCAUACCAAAAUUACAAGGUUCUCAUCCGGGUCCUUUUUUUGGCUUUUGCCUUGGCGCCACUCCCUCCGAGCACCUCCCUCUGCACUGUGGGGGCAAUUUAGGGAGCAGGCGGCGGUCACUGGGUGAGUGGGACCCUGCAAGGAAGGAAGCUGAGUCACCCAAGAAACGACACACACGUCGGGAGAAGAGGCCGUUGAGCUUGGAACAGCCAGGUUUGGAUUUACGGGAGUAUUUUUUUUUUCACCGUCAAGCGACGCAAAAAUGCACCGACCAAAGAGCGGCAAUGGCGGGGUCAGCCUGAUUGAGAUGAGUCCAUCAGACUCCUCUAAUGAUGACAUAAAUGACUACCCUCAAGGUGACUUAUACAACAACACAGAACCCUUCCAACACAAUCAUGGGUGUCAUGACGUACGUGUGGAGACCUGUCAGUCUCUCAACACAAGCCUGGCCACACUGGCCUCAUCUGACUGUAGCGACGGUUCUCAGAUGGAUGAUUACUCUUUUGAACAGAUUAGUUCCUUGACUGGGUUCUCAAGAAAGCGGGCGCUGUUCCUAAAGUUACGUUCAAGGGUAUGGCAUGGUAAAAAGCAGGCUUGUGAUGUGAUUGACAGACAGCAGCAGAGCAAAGACUCUGUGUUCUUCCGCGAUGGAGUACGUAAGAUUGAUUUCGUCUUGUCCUACACUCAUGAAGAAGAUUAUAAGAAAAUGGAAAAGAGGGCUGUGUACGAAGCCAACCUCAUGAAAGUUGGCUUGGAGCUGGAGAGGGAAGAUAAAUCUGAAUCAGAUGAUGGAAAUACCUACUUUGUGAAGAUUCACGCCCCGUGGGAAGUGUUGACCACCUACGCAGAUGUGCUAAAGAUCAAGGUCCCCUUUAAAGUCAAUGACAUCCAAAGCAAAGAAAAUAGGAUGAACUGUUGGGCCAACCCUUUCCAACUUCCGGAGCACAUCAUUCAUCCUGACCAAGACUACUUCACCGCUCCCUUUGACAAGACCAAGUCUGACUUCUUCCUCAUUGAUGAAACAGACACAUUCUUUUCCGAUUCCGUGCGCAACAGAAUAGUGUACUACAUCCUCUCCCGAUGUUUGUAUGUGAAUGACGAAUGCGAGAAAGACAAGAAAGGGAUCAAGCGGCUGCUGAACAACGGGACAUACAAUGGUGCCUUCCCAUUGCACGAUUGUAGGUAUUGGACAAGAUCAAAGGAUCCUAAUUGCCAAAGCGAAAGAUUCACUCUCUACAAACACUGGGCCACAUUCUCAUCUUUCUUCAAAGAGCAGCCCCUCGACCUCAUAAGGGAUUACUAUGGGGAGAAGAUUGGCAUUUAUUUUGCCUGGCUAGGCUUUUACACUGAGAUGUUGUUCUUUGCGGCAAUUGUCGGAACGCUCUGUUUCUUAUAUGGAUUUACUACAUUUGAGGACAACGAGUGGAGUAAGGAAAUCUGCAGUGAACAAAUCGGAGGCAAAUUUGUGAUGUGUCCGCUGUGUGACAAGAAAUGUAACUACUGGAAACUCAGCAUGAUAUGCAACUCUACAUGGCAAUCUCACCUGUUUGACAAUAACGCAACUGUGUUUUUUGCCAUAUUCAUGGGGAUUUGGGUGACAUUGUUCUUGGAGUUGUGGAAGAGGCGUCAGUCCCGUCUAGAGUACGAGUGGGAUCUGGUGGACUUUGAGGAGGAGCAACAGGGAUUGCAGCUCCGUCCGGAGUUUGAGAACAAGUGCACCUCACGCAAGAUGAAUCACAUCACUCAGGAGACAGAGUGGGUUCUUGACAGGACUACUACUGAUGUAAUGGGGAAAUUAAUUCUGUGCUGGGGCACUGUGUUAUUCUGGGUAAAGUUGGGUCUAAUCAUUUCCUGCAUCAUUGGAGUGGUGGCAUACCGUCUGGCAGUAUACACCACCUUCGCCAGCAUCAUAAAAGAAAACCAGGUGGACAGUGCCUUCAUCACCCCGCAGUUGGCUACGUCUGUCACUGCCUCCUGCAUCAACUUCAUAUUAAUCAUGAUCCUCAACUUGAUGUAUGAUAAAGUGGCUGUUUGGCUGACUGACCUUGAAAUCCCAAAGACACAUGUGGAGUAUGAGAACAAGCUAACGUUCAAGAUGUUCCUCUUCCAGUUCGUCAACUACUACUCCUCCUGCUUCUACGUGGCGUUCUUUAAAGGCAAAUUUGUAGGCUACCCUGGAGAUUACAUUUACAUGUUUGGUGAAAGCAGCAAACUCAGGAAUGAAGAGUGUGAUGCUGGAGGCUGUUUGAUUGAGUUGACCACCCAGCUGGUUAUAGUGAUGACCGGUAAACAAGUGUGGGGCAACAUCCAAGAAACUCUGGUCCCGUGGUUAAAGAAUUGGUGGGGGAGUAGAAGAGCAAAAAUGCACCCGGAAAGUGUGUACACUCGCUGGGAGCAGGACUAUGACCUGCAGAUCUUUGGAUCACUGGGACUCUUCGACGAGUACCUGGAAAUGGUGGUCCAGUUUGGUUUUAUCACACUGUUUGUGGCCUCCUUUCCCUUGGCACCACUGCUGGCACUUAUGAACAACAUAAUUGAGAUUAGAGUGGAUGCCUGGAAGCUCACCACUCAGUACAGACGCCCUGUGGCAUCCAAGGUUCACAGUAUCGGAGCAUGGGAGGAAAUUCUCAAUGGGAUCGCCAUUCUUUCUGUUGUAACCAAUGCAUUCAUUGUGGCCUUCACCUCUGAUAUGAUAAACCGACUGGUGUACAUGUAUAGUUACCAACCUGAUGGUCUAUUAAGUAUGAAAGGCUACGUCGCCCACAGCUUGUCUAGCUUCAAGAUCUCAGAGAUUCCACUGGCCCACAGCCCCGACGAUGGGGUUAAUCCCAGCUGGUUCAACGAAAACGUCACAACAUGCUGGUACCAUGACUACCGCUACCCACCUGGCCAUGAGAAUCAGUAUACUCACACAAUACUAUUCUGGCAUGUUUUGGCUGCCAAACUGGCUUUCAUUAUCAUCAUGGAGCAUGUCGUCUUUACGAUCAAGUUUCUAAUCGCCUGGAUGAUUCCUGACGUUCCCGCCGAUGUGAAAGUUCGGGUGAAGAGGGAACGCUACCUGGUCCAGGAGUAUCUCCACCGCUACGACGUGGACAAGCUGAAGAAUCAACUCAACCAAAUAAAUGGCUUGCCCACAAAUGAGGUUUUGCCAGAGAGUCUCUAGCCCAAAAAGCUGUAGCUCACUCAGCUGGAUGUUCAACAGGAGACCACAGUGUGGCAUGCCUGCGUCAAGUCCAUUUGACCAUCCCCUUUUUUGCUGUUUUUCAUGAGUCUCACACACACAGAGCCUUUACGAAGGAGCCUACAGGUCUACUCAGUCAUCAGCUACCUACUCUUAGCAUGCUGAAACCUACAACACUUGAAUAUACCUUCUAUAUGUAUGGCCUGUGCUGUAAUUGACAAUUAUCAAUUUUUCGCUGUAUGGAAGAAAAGCCAUGUACUUCAAAACUAUUUAUUUUAAAAAGACCAGAUGCCUUAAUAUACGUCACUGAUUAGUGUAUGUGCGGCUGGAUAAAUGACUCUCAAAAUAUUUAGCCAGUUUUUACAUUAAUGGCCCAAUCUACUAAAGGUGUGUGUGUACUAACACGUGCAAACUUGAUAUCACACAAAGCUGAUCUACUAAACGUAUGUGUUUAGGAUUACGUCUCUUAAAUUAGUAAAAUAAGGAGCAUAAUCUAUUUAGUGUGUCUGGCUUCAUAAAUAUGCAGAAUAUACGCUAAUCACCACAACGCCCUCAAUACUGGGAGGAGACGGUGCAAAUAUAAUUAUUCAAGUCGUGCAAUGUGAUUAUCAAGGUUGAUCACUGUUCCGCGGGCGCUGUUUUGCGUCGUUGUUUAGAACGACUGAAGAGUAUAUGCAAACGUUACGCACAAGUCUGUGAGAAAAGCGGUGUUCAUGCUGCAAAGACAAUGGACAGUGAAUGCUCCGCCCUACCUAUGUAUGUAAAAAAUGUUUGGACAGUCAGAAAUAAAAAAUAAUAGAAAUAUUGUUCAUUCAGCGAUAUCAUUUUAUAAAUUUAUAGCUGCUGGAUGAGUUAAGGGGCUGAUUAAAACAGAUUUAAUUGAUGCGGUUGAGUGUCUGCUGAUGUUUUUUUUUAAUGCCAUUAGUUUUUUCAUUUAGGAAACAUAUUAUUAUAGUCUCUUAUAUGAAAAAAUGUCUUUCAAUGAGCAUUUACUUGCAUUUUGGAUCAUUUCAGACUCGAGAAUGUACUUUUGUUGGGAUGGUCCACUGCCUCCUUGCACAAGAGCACGAUAACAUGAGUGUGGAGGGUACAUAAUGCCAGUAGUACACGCAAAAAAAACCUCAUUUAAAUAAUGCGGUGUGUGCCACUUUUUAAGAGUCCGCGCAGUCUUUGUAGAUCACACGCAACACGCUCACUAGUAGUACACGCAAUUUUAUAGUUUGCACACAUUGUUUAGUGGGUGGUAUUUAGAUCAAAGUAGAUCAGGCCCUUACUCCGUUAAUGUGCACAAAUAUACAACUUAUGCCAGCUUUUAUAUCUAUGUGUUGGUUCAUUUUACAGUGCAUUCGGAAAGUAUUCACAGCGCUUCACUUUUUCCACAUGUUAUGUUAAGUUUUAUUUCAAAAUGGAAUAAUUACAUUUUGUCCUCAAAAUUCCACACACAUACCACAUAAUAAUGUGAUUUUUUUUCCAAUAUAUUAAAAAGUAAAACAAGUAAAAAAAAAAAAAAAGUCACAUAUACAUAAGUAUUUAUAGCAUUUACUCAAUAAUCUGUUGAUGCACCUUUGGCAGCAAUUACGGCCUAGAGUCUUUUUGGAUUCCUCUUUGCAGCACCUCUCAAGCUCCACAGGUUGGAUGGAAAGCGUUGGUUUUCAUUCAGAGUGUAUUUGUACUGCACUGUAUUCAUCUUUCCCUCUAUGUUGACCAGUCUACCAGUUCCUGUCGCUGAGAAACAUCCCCACAGCAUGAUGCUGCCACCACCGUGCUCCACUGUAGGGAUGGUAAUAAUGAGCGAUGCCUGGUUUCCUCCAAACAUGAUGCCUGACAUUAAUGCCAAAAAGUUCAAUAUUUGUCUUAUCAGACCUACUAAUUUUGCUUCUCAUUGUCUGAGAGUCUUUCAGGUGCAUUUUAGCACAUUUUUCAAAUAAAUGGGUUCUGUCUGGCCACAAUACCAUAGAGGCCUGAUUGGUGGAUUACUGCAGAGAUGGUUGUCCUUCUGUGAGGUUGUCCUCUCUCCACAGAAGAAUGCUGUAGCUCUGACAAAGUGACCAUUGGGUUCUUGGUCACCUCCCUGACUAUAGACAUAAGAUGAAUGCAAAAAUGUACAGAGACAUCCUGAAUGAAAACCAACACUUACCAUCCAACCUGAUGGAGCUGCAAAAAAGGAAUGGGCUAAACUGCCCAAAGAUAGCUGAGCCAAACUUGUGGCAUAGUAUUCAAAAAGUUUUGAGAAUGUAAUUGCUGCCAAAGGUGCAUCAGCAAUGUAUUGAGCAAACGCUGUGAAUACUAAUGUAAAUGCGGUUUAGUUUUUUUCUAUUUUAGUAAAUUUGCAACAAUUUCAUUAAAAACUGUUCCACAUUGUCAUUAUGAGGUAUAUUGUCUGUAGAAUUUUGAGGACAAACAUGAAUUUAUUCCAAUUUUGGAAUAAGACUAACAUAAAAUGUGAAAAUGAGUGAAGCGCUAUAAAUACUUUCCGGAUGCACUGUAUCCAAUUGAAUAUACUGUAUGUCAAGUUUUAGGUAUAGGGCAAACAUAUUGUCUAACUAUAGGAAACUGAAAAUAGUGCCUUAAAAUAGUUUAAAGCCUUUUUUAAUCUGAGCUCAUGAAAGCUGCUCGCCCUUUUACUUAACGGCUCCACAAUUUAAACAUUACACAUCAGCCAUUUGCAAGUGCAGGAAAGGAAACAUAUACAUGCUUUUUAAUUGUUUUUUUAUUUAACUCGCACAACGCACUUGAGGAAAACCAACUAUAAAGCAUGCCAGUCUAGCUGUUGUCAUGACGACACAGCAUCAAUGUAGCAGCAAUGUGACAAUCUGUUCUUUGUGGCAUGAGGAGUUUCACGGUUUUUGUACUUAUGAAGGAUAUUUAAUUUUAUAAGGCUAAAGAGAACAACUUAUUUAAAAUUUAUGAUUUAUUUAGUCAGUAAAUCAUAUAAUGUUUAUUAUAUCUUGAAUUAUUUACAUGGUAUACACCUGUUUUUUUUUUUUACAGUGUUAGCAAACAGUGAACCAAUUUGCUCCUAUUUGCAAUAUUGUCAUUUGGUUUUGUAUUGUGUCACCAUUUCCUGUAAAUAUGACAAUAAAGUACAGUCCAACUUG